AUGGCAGGCCCAACUUUAUCCCCAUCCCCAGAACCAAAACAAUCGCUCACUGUCAUCACCUCCUCUUUUCAAGAAUUCGCACCAGAAUCCUCCCGCUCGCCCCCUCGUUCAACUAUUGCUCAGCAUGCCAACACAGCCUUCUUAGCCAUCGGCGCAGUUCUCGGUCUCGCUAUCAUGGCUACUUCAGCGGAUGCACUCCAUGUCUUCCAUUCCACUCAUCUCGGGGCCGACUUCCAGCUGCCGGUCUGGCCUAGGAUGCUUGAUAUAAAACCUACGAUUACCGGGGUUGUUUGUGGAGUUAUUGUUUUCAUCAUGAAUUGUGUGGCACUUGUGGGGCAAUUUGUUCCUGCUUUGAAGCGGAACCCUUUAUCUCUCCCCACUCUCAUUCCGCUAGCCAUCGCCCUCAUCGCUGCAGUUGUCGGUGCGGCAAUACCCUUUAAUACGCUAACUUCCUCAACGAGCUGGUCCGUUCAAUCGUGGAGUUGCCAAUGGUCAAACAUUAGUACAUCAGCAGCUCCACACUGGGGGACAUUAUGUUCAGAAAGUAGAGCUGCGGGAAUAAUGAGUGUGUGUGUUAUUCCAUUCGAUGCGUUGGUAAUAGGUUCGAUACUAGCUUCGAUGAUGAUGAAAGGGAAGAGCAAUGCAGUUCAGCAUGAGGAACAGUGGGAAAGAAAAGGUAGUGCGGGAGAUAUGUCGUAA